AUUACCAAAAAAACUUAAAAAAAAAACUCAAGUUUCAGGUCAGGACCGGUUGAAUGACCAUUUCUCAGGCAAAUUCAUUCAACAAGAAACUCUUCUCUGUUCCUUGUUCUUGUUUUUCUACUAUUCAAUUUCACACUUCUCGUUCAUCUAAACCUAGCACAAGGAUUCAAACCACCCCCGAACCAAUCCCAUUCAUUACUGAUGUCAAAGAAGUGGACAACCCAGAUGAAGCUCUCUCCCUUUUUCAUCAUUACCAGCAAAUGGGAUUCAAACAUGAUUACCCAUCUUGCUCUGCUCUCAUUUACAAGCUUGCAAAAUCCCGUUACUUCGAUGAAAUCAAAACCCUUCUUUCUUACAUCAAAGACUACAAUAUUCGUUGCCAAGAAGCUAUCUUCAUUGCGCUUAUUCGUCAUUACGGCAAAUCGAACCUACCCGAGCAGGCUGUUGCACUCUUUGGUGAGAUGACAUCGUUCAAUUGUGUACGUACAUUACAGUCUUUCAAUACCCUACUUAAUGUUCUGGUUAGUAAUUGUAAAUUUGAAGAGGCGAGACACAUGUUCAUCUCUGCUUCCGAUAUGGGUUUUAGACGAAAUGUAGUUACUUUCAAUAUUAUGAUAAAAGGGUUUCUUGAUAUGGGUGAAUGGGACCUAGCCCGUCAACUGUUUGAUGAAAUGCCUGAGAAAAGAAUUCAACCAAAUGUGAUUACUUAUAAUUGUUUGAUAGGGUAUAUGUGUAAGAAAAGUAAUCUCGACGGGGCUAUGUGUUUGUUUGAUGAAAUGUCGAAGAAAAGGAAACGCCCUGAUGCUGUCACGUAUGCUAUAUUGAUGGAGGGUUUGUGCUCAAUAGGGAAGUUUAAUGAAGCGAAGAAGAUGAUGUUUGACAUGGAGUAUCAAGGUUGUAAGGCCUCCUUGAAAAAUUAUGGCGUUUUAAUGAGUGAUCUUGGAAGGAGGGGUAUGGUUGAAGAAGCUAAAGCUAUGUUUCUCGAUAUGAAGAGAAGACGAAUUAGACCGGAUGUAGUGAUAUACAAUAUAUUGAUAAAUUAUCUCUGCAAGGAAGGUAAAGCUUCUGAGGCUUACAAGCUUUUGGUGGAGAUGCAAGUGAGAGGGAUUGAACCGAUUGCGGUUACUUAUAGGACAAUGGUUGAUGGGUUUUGUCAACUUGGAAACUUUGAAGACGGUUUGAGGAUUCUAAGCUUAAUGUUGACGAACAAGCAUUGCCCGCGGCUGGAAACGUUUUGCACAUUGUUUGGUGGACUGGUUAGAUGUGGGAAGCUAGAAGAUGCUAGCUUUGUGUUAGAAGUGAUGGAUAAGAGGAAAAUGAGAUUUGAUUUGGAGAUUUGGAAGACAAUGGUGAAUGAAUUUUGUGGUGGAUCUGAUGAAGAAGUUUCAGUUGGACUUGUGACUGAAUUGAUUGCUGGCUCUGGGAAUGGAAUAAAGUAGUAUUGUUGAUGAUGCCAACAAGUUGGACAUUUUCUAACCAUUGGAACCUUGGUAAACCAGGCUUACUUUUUCGCCAGUGAUUUCCGACAAACCGAAAGAAGAAUUAUGAGGACCGCUAGGCCGGCCACCACCCCAACAAUUAUCGCAACCGUCUUCCCAACUUGAUCAUCGCCCGAAGAAUCUAUACAAGAAUUCAAAGCCUAACUUGUAAAGAUUAAUAUACAUUCUUUGUCUUCUAGAGGAACAUACUUAUAUAAAAAAUACCUGGAGA